UUGGAAUGUGCAAUCGGGCAACAGAUAGAGAGGAUCCCUGCCCCACGGUGGGUUAACAGCCCAAACAAACGGGCGGGAGCGCGGGGAUCGGCUGGGGUCACGACUCUCGUGCAGCGCGCGAGCUCGGCCAGCAGAGGGCGCUGCGUCCGGCCCGGCCUUGGUCGACCAUGUCUUCGCUGCUGGGGUGGCGGCUGGCCGGGAGGUUCAACGGGUUGUGCUCCCGCUCGGUCGCCAGCAAGGUCCCGUCUCCCGGAGGGCGGUCCCGUUGGUGCGCGAGCGCCGGCCACCCCCGGGCCUCCUCCAUGGCGGUGAGCCUGAGCCUCCAGCCGUCUUCCCGCUGCCUGUGGGACGAGCCGGUGCGGGUGUCGGUGCGGGGCCUGCGGCCGGGGCAGGCGGUGACGCUGCGCGCCUCGCUCCGCGACGAGUCCGGGGAGCCGUUCCGGUGUCAGGGCCUGUACCGGGCGGACGAGGGCGGGCGGCUGGAGCUGGACCGCUCCCCGGCGCUGGGCGGCAGCUUCUCCGGCCUGGAGCCCAUGGGGCUCAUCUGGGCCCUGGAGCCCGCCAGGCCCCUGUGGCGGCUGAUCAAGCGGGACGUGCGGACCCCGUUCGCCGUCGAGCUGCAGGUGCUGGACGGCCACGACCCCUCGCCCGGGCCCCUGCUGGCCACGGCCGUCCACGAGCGGGCUUUCAUGGCCCCGGGGGUCAGGAGGAUCCCCCUGCGCGAAGGCAAGGUGCGAGCCACCCUCUUCCUGCCCCCAGGUCCAGGCCCUUUCCCCGGGAUCAUUGACCUAUCUGGAGCCGGAGGCGGUCUUUCUGAAUACAGAGCAAGCCUGCUGGCCGGUCACAAUUUUGCCACGCUCGCCCUUGCUUAUUAUAAGUACGACGACCUCCCCAAAGAAAUGAAGGAUUUACACCUGGAAUAUUUUGAAGAGGCUGUGGAAUACCUACGGAAACACCCACAGGUGAAAGGGCCUGGGAUUGGACUGCUUGGGCGCUCAAAAGGCGGCGACCUUUGUCUGUCCAUGGCCUCCUUCCUGAAGGGCAUUACCGCCACCGUCACCAUCAACGGUUCCGUGGCCAACGUGGGAGCGGCCUUACACUACAAGGGCACCACCAUCCCGCCGGUCGGCAUCAACCCGAAGCGGGUCAAGAUCACUCAGUCGGGCCUGGUGGACAUCGUGGAUGUCCUGAACAGCCCCCUGGAGGAGCCCGACACCCAGAGCUUCAUCCCGGUCGAGAAGGCCGAGUGCCGCUUCCUCUUCAUUGUCGGCCAGGACGACCACAACUGGAAGAGCGAGUUCUUGGCCACCGAAGCCGCCAAACGGAUCCAGGCGCACGGAAAGGAAAAGCCCCAGAUCAUCUGCUAUCCCGGGACCGGGCACUACAUCGAACCCCCGUACUUCCCCAUGUGUCCGGCCUCCAUGCACGCCCUGGUGGGCAAACCGGUCAUCUGGGGCGGGGAACCCAAGGCCCACUCCGUGGCUCAAGUGGAUGCCUGGCAGCAGAUCCAGCGCUUCUUCCGCAGGCACCUGGACGGAGACCCAGAGGUGACCCCCACCAAAUUAUAAGUCUGCGGUGCCGGGACCAUGGGAGCCACGGGCUGGUCGGAGAAGGGGAACGAAAGAAUCCCCCGGCAAGUCGCGGUCAGCUAGGGAGUUUUGGCCGUUGGAAUUGUUUCGGAUCGCUGUCCGGAGGGCCUAGAAUUGUUAUUUCCAGAGCGGGCUCCCUCCCGGCCCCCCGCCGUAAAAGUCAGGUCUCCCGGGGGGAAAAACGGAGCUUAUGGGAGAAGGGAGUUCGUCCGGGUGGUUUCCGUUUGGUUUAUGUUCAUCGUGGCAGCUGACUUUGUGUGGCUUUUGAUUUCCAAAUUUCACUCUCCGGUUUCGAGUUAGGAGGCUUCGUUUACUAACUAAAAGGAAUUUAAAACUAACCAGGCCUAAUAUCAUUUACAGACCGUGUUCAAGUUUGGAUUCACCGAAGCUGCCCACUUAAAAUUCUCCAUUCAAAUGA